CCAUUACGAGCAGCUCGUCUCCAUCAUGCCUCCUGCGCAGGACCGUAACUCCGCCUCAGACGACAUCGAACCCAACCAGAAGAGUCAAUCCAAGUGGCUUAGGGACUCCGGCUAUGGCAACCUCUGGAAGCUUGGGCUCUGUUACGGCAAGAAGAUUUAUGAUCAGGAAGACCUCGAAGAUACCAAGGAGAUCCUGAAAGCUUUGAGAGAUAUGGACCAGGAAGAUUGGGAAGAGAGACAGGCGGAGAAAAAGUAGCAUGACUCCACAAGAAGGUGGACUGCGAUCUGCUGUAUCGGAGUAUGUUCAGAUGCCUGGCGUCGUUACUUGGGGUCACUGACGUAUUGUGCGAGGAAUACUGAUGUGGUUGAUUUAGUACUGCUUGUCGACUCGCUCGAGGUUGUUUGCACUGGAUGCAGGAGUUUCGCGAAUAUGGCUAUGCCGGGUAGUGGGAGAUGUCUCUUUGUUUUAU